AUGGCGGCGUCACCGCUGUUGCUGCUCUUGCUGGUGUCACUGGUGUCGACGGCGGCCGCCACCAGCAACACAUCGGAAAGCUGGGAGAGGAAGAGGAGCGAGGAGGAGACCCGGCAGAUCUUCAGGGAGUGGAAGGCCAUGCACGGCACGACCAACAGCUCCCUCGACGAGGAGGAGCAGCGCGCGUACACCAUGUUCAAGCACAGGCUCGGCCUCAUCGACCGGCAGUGGCAUGACCAAGGCUACUCCGUCUUCUCCUGGGAGAGGGGGAGGAGCGAGGAGGAAACGCGCAAGAUCUUCGCGGAGUGGAAGGCACGAAAACCAGUUACUACCUACAGCUCCAUCGCCCACGAAGAGCACCGGUACACCAUAUUCAAGGAGGACCUGCGCAAAAUCGACCAGCACAACGCUGGCUACGCCAUCGGGGUCCACAAUAACAACAGAUGCCUCAACCAGUUUAGCCAUCUCACCCAAGAGGAGUUCGAAGCCGUUUGCUGCGGGUUCUGGCCGGAGGAGCCGUCCGAGGCCAAAUUACAGAGGAUAGGCGAGAUCCAGGAGCUGUUGCGGCAAGCAUUUACCCGUCCCUUAAUUUAA